UCGUUCUCUCCUGUCCAUGUAAAACGAGAUGAAUAUUCUGUUCAAGUAAUAGCGUCUGCAAAGGUUGCUUGUGGAGACCCGUAACUCUCUCCUUCUCUCCUCUUUAAUCUCUCCAUUUCCCCCACACCAUACGCAGCCCAAGGCAGCACUCAGCAGUGAUAUCAAGAACGCAACCGCAUCCCUGCUCUGAUGCAUGCAUGCAUGCGUGAGUGCAGCCAAUAUCCUUUACUCUUCUUCCUCUUCGCCACUGCUAAUAGAGAGAGAUGGCCGAGUACCAGAGGAUGAUACCGGUCGUCGUAGCCGUGUUGGUGUUCUCUUUCCUGUCUCCUUUGGCUCUCGGUCGAUCCUUGGACUCGGUGGACUACGUGGAAGUCCUUUUGGAGGUGAAGAACUCGUUCACGGAAGAUCCCCGGCGAUUGAUCCACGAUUGGAACUCGGAUAACCAAGAGUACUGCUCUUGGACCGGAGUCGCCUGCGACCGGGACUCGGCAGUGGUGGCGCUCAACCUCUCCUCAACCUCCCUGGCCGGCUCCCUCUCCCCCUCCCUCGGUCGGCUAAUUCGACUGGCCACCCUCGACUUCUCCUCCAACCGGCUCACAGGCGCCAUCCCGAGCCAACUCGGGCGCCUCUCGGCUCUGACCGCUCUCUUCCUGUACUCCAACCGCCUCUCGGGAACCAUUCCCUUCUCGCUCGGCUUCCUCUACAGCCUCCGAGUCGUCCGGCUCGGAGAUAACCCGGGCCUGUCGGGGCCGAUCCCUGACUCGUUCGGUGAUCUCCGCAACCUGACCACCCUUGCCUUGGCCCUCUGCAACCUGUCCGGCCCCAUCUCGAGUCGACUCGGCCGGCUGACUCAGCUCCAGAACCUGGUCCUCCAGCAGAACCAGCUCAACGGCCCGAUCCCCCCGGAGCUCGGUAAUUUGGCCAACCUCCAAAUCCUCAACCUGGCAAACAACACGCUCCAAGGCGAAAUACCGAGUCGACUCGGCGAGCUGAGCUUACUCUCCUACCUCAACUUGAUGUCCAACCAGCUUAAGGGUACCAUUCCGGGCUCUCUCGGCAAGCUAUCCGCCCUUCGCGUUCUGGACUUGUCGAUGAACGAGCUCGAAGGAGAAUUCCCAGCCGAGCUCGCCCGGCUGAGUGAACUCGAGUAUCUGGUCUUGUCCGACAACAAGUUCUCCGGCCACCUGCCGGAGAAUCUCUGCCCGAACGCAACAAAGCUGGGGUACCUAUUCCUGUCCACCAACAACUUCUCCGGUCCAAUCCCGGCCGGUUUAUCCCAGUGCUGGUCCUUGACGCAACUGGAUUUGGCCAACAACAGCUUCACCGGCGACAUACCGGUCGACCUCGGUGAGCUCACUAAUCUUACUGAUCUCUUGCUCAACAACAACAGUUUGACGGGUUCGAUUCCUCGCGAGUUCGGCAACCUCAGCAUUCUCCAGACGCUGACCCUCUACCACAAUGAGUUGCGAGGCCGACUGCCGGAGGAGAUAGGAAGGUUGCGGCAACUGCAGAUCCUUUACCUCUACGAGAACCAGUUGUCUGACGAGAUCCCGUCGGCGAUCGGGAACUGUUCGAGAUUGAGGAUGAUGGAUUUCUUCGGGAACCAGUUCUCCGGCAGCAUCCCGGCGAGGAUCGGCGAGCUGACGCAGCUGAGCUUCCUGCACCUGAGGCAGAAUAACCUCUCCGGCGAGAUCCCUGCGUCGAUGGGCAAUUGUCGGCGGCUCACGGUUCUCGACUUGGCCGACAACCGGCUCACAGGAGGAAUUCCGGCGACGUUUGGGCUCUUGCGCUCGCUUGAGCAGUUCAUGCUUUACAACAAUUCACUCGAUGGAGGCAUUCCCGACGAGAUGUUCGAGUGCCGGAAUAUUACGAGGGUGAACUUGUCCAACAACCGGCUCAACGGAAGCAUUCUUCCGCUGUGCGGAUCGAGCUCGCUCCUGUCCUUCGAUCUCACCAACAACUCGUUCGACCAGGAGAUUCCGGCGCAACUGGGGAAUUCUCCGAUGCUCGAACGGAUUCGGCUCGGGAGCAACCGGCUGACCGGCCAAGUGCCGCCGGUGCUCGGAGGCAUCGGCGCCCUCUCGCUCCUCGACUUAUCCGGCAAUUCGCUGACCGGAACGAUACCGGAGGAUCUAUCAUCUUGCAGGGGGCUGACCCACAUCAUUCUGAGUGAGAACCAGCUCGAUGGGGUUAUCCCGACGUGGAUCGGGAGCUUGCAGCAGCUAGGGGAGCUCGAACUGUCGUCGAACAGCUUCUCUGGGCCUCUUCCUGUCGAGCUCUUCGAUUGCUCCAAUUUAUUGAAGGUCUCGCUUGACGAUAACUCGUUGAAUGGCUCGCUUUCUCCUGAGGUCGGCAAGCUUGCUUCUCUCAAUGUGCUAAACUUGGCCCACAACCAGUUCUCCGGGGCAAUCCCUGCAUCCAUAGGAAGGCUAAGCAAGCUGUACGAGCUCCGGCUAUCGCAGAAUCUGUUCUCGGGGUCAAUCCCGGUCCAGCUCGGACAACUGCAGGACCUGCAGAGUGCGCUGGACCUCAGCUUCAACGACCUCAACGGGGGAAUCCCGCUGUCGCUCGCGUCGCUGAUGAAGCUCGAAGAUCUGAACCUGUCGCACAACUCGCUGACCGGCGAAGUCCCGCGACAAAUCGGUGAAAUGAGCAGCUUGGUGACGCUCGAUCUCUCGCACAAUGACCUGCAAGGGCAAUUGGAUGGGCGAUUCUCUCGAUGGCCACCGCAGUCGUUUGCGGCCAAUCGUGCACUCUGCGGCCGGCCUCUCCAGCCAUGCGGCAUUGCGAGUUCCACCAAACGACGCUCGACGUUGAGCUCUGCAGCGGUAGCCGUGGUCUCUGUCGUCGGGGCGCUGGUGAUCGUUCUCCUACUGGUUGCAGCUUUGACAUGGAUCAGAAGGUGGUACACGAAGAGAUCGAGCGGAGUCAAUCGCGCAUCUUCGCCGAUCGGGCAUCGACAACUGAUCACCAAAGGCUCCAUCAGGCGAGAGCUUACAUGGGAAGCGAUCAUGGAGGCGACGUGCAACCUGAGCGACGAGUUCGCCAUCGGUUCUGGCGGGUCCGGGAUCGUCUACAGAGCCGAAUUCCCGACCGGCGAGACCGUAGCCGUGAAGAAGAUCCUGCAUUAUAACAGGGAAAACUUGAUGCUGCAGGAAAAUAGCUUCGUGAGGGAGGUCAAAACACUCGGCCGGAUCAGGCAUCGGCAUCUAGCAAACCUGUUGGGAUGCCUAAGCAGCAACCACGGCGAGCAUCUGCUGAUAUACGAGUACAUGGAGAAGGGUAGCCUGUGGGACUGGCUGCACAAGCCCGAGGCGAGCCAGAAGAGGAAGCGGGAGCUGAGUUGGGAGGCCAGGCUGAGGAUCGCGAUCGGCCUCGCCAAGGGGGUGGAGUACCUGCACCAUGACUGUGUGCCGAGCAUACUUCACAGGGACAUCAAGUCCGGCAACGUGCUGCUCGACGGCGACAUGGAGGCUCACCUGGGCGACUUCGGGCUGGCCAAGGCGGUCGCGGAGAGUCGCGGGAGCGAUUCGACCGGCAACACCGAGUCUGGCAGCUGCUUCGCCGGAUCCUACGGCUACGUUGCUCCAGAGUAUGCUUACUUCCUGAAGGCGACGGAGAAGAGCGAUGUAUACAGCAUGGGGAUAGUGCUGAUGGAGCUCGUGAGCGGGUUGAUGCCGACGGAUCGGACCUUCGAAGGAGACAUGGAUAUGGUGAGGUGGGUGCGGGCUCGGAUGACGUCGUCGUCAACAGCGGAGCGGGAGGAGUUGCUGGAUCAUGCUCUGAAGCCACUGGCACGGCACGAGCAGUCGUCCAUGUUCGAAGUGCUCGACGUGGCUUUGCAGUGCACGAGGACGGCGCCUGCCGAGCGGCCGAGCUCGCGGAAGGUGGCCGAUCUGCUGCUGCACAUUUCUCUGAGAAUGCCUCGGAUGAGCUCUGGAAAGAAAGUCGCACCAUAUAACACGCGGAGAAAAAGAUAGACUUGAGCUUGGACAGUCUUAGAUCAGAUGAUGAACAGUGGUUUUGUGUUUGUAAAGUUGGCUCUGAACAAAGCCCAUACGCUAAGCAAAUUCAAUGUCAGUAUUCCUUGUGAGAUUUUGGUGAUUGUCAAAAGAUCCUAAAUAAGAAACAACAUUGGAAAGACGAUUCUUAAGUAGAGUCAGAUGAUUAAAAUACAACAACGGAAUGACAAUCUGUAAA